CCGGCGGCCCAAGCAAUGAAGAUGGUGGCCCCCUGGAUGCAGUUCUACUCCAACAGCUGCUGCCUGUGCUGCCAUGUCCGCACUGGCACCAUCCUGCUCGGCAUCUGGUACCUGAUCAUCAAUGCCGUGGCACUGCUGAUUCUAUUGAGCGCCCUGGCUGAUCCAGAUCAGUAUUGCUUUUCAAGUUCUGAACUCAGAGGUGACUUGGAGCUCAUGGAUGAUGCCAACAUGUGCGUUGCUAUCGCAAUUUCUCUUCUCAUGAUCCUGAUCUGUGCAAUGGCUACUUAUGGAGUAUACAAGCAACACGUGGCCUGGAUCAUCCCAUUCUUCUGUUACCAGAUCUUUGAUUUUUCCCUGAACACCUUGGUUGCAGUCACUGUGCUUGUUUAUCCAAACUCCAUCCAGGAAUACAUAUGACAGCUGCCUCCUGGUUUUCCUUACAAAGAUGAUAUCAUGUCAGUGAAUCCUACCUGUUUGGUCCUUAUUAUUCUUCUGUUUAUCAGCAUUAUCUUGGCUUUUAAGGGUUACUUGAUUAGCUGUGUUUGGAACUGCUACUGAUACAUCAAUGGCAGGAACUCCUCUAAUGUCCUGGUUUAUGUUACCAGCAAUGACACUACGGUGCUGUUACCCCCGUACGAUGAUGCCACUGUGAAUGGUGCCGCCAAGGAGCCGCCACCACCUUAUGUGUCUGCCUAAGCC